AAGUAGCUGCAGCACCGCAGAAGCGGCUGUGGCUUCAGUGUUUCCUCAGUUGUGUUUCGUCUGUCGGUUUAACGGCGCACAUUCGCCGUCGCGGAUCGUGUCUCCUCCGUUUUGUGUCGGUAUCUGCGCUCAGAGGCGACAGGAUGGAUAAAAUGUCAACUCUGACGGUGACUCUGAGCCUGGUUGUAGUUCUUAUAACGCAGGUGAACUGCAGCCCCUCCAAACUGAAGAGAGUCACAAAGGCACAGAUUUUGGGUUUUGACUGGAAAAACUGUGGGAAGCCAGAUGCUCCAGCUGUACUGAAGACUCUGACCGUGUCUCCAGAUCCGAUCUCCAUCCCCGGAGACCUGCGAGCCUCAGCCUCUGGAUCCACAUCUGUAGAGCUGAGCUCUCCCCUGGCUCUGAAUGUGACCCUGGAGAAGGAGGUGGCAGGUUUCUGGGUGAAGGUCCCCUGUCUGGAGGAGAUGGGCAGUUGUCACUAUCAGGAUGCAUGUGAUAUUCUGAACCAGCUGAUCCCUCCGGGUCAGGACUGUCCUGAACCGCUGCACACCUACGGGCUGCCCUGCCACUGCCCCUUCCAAGCUGGCUCGUACUCUCUGCCUCAGUCGGACUUCUACCUGCCCCACAUGGAUCUGCCCUCCUGGCUGACUAACGGUAACUACCGUGUGGAGGGCGUCCUGGGCAGCCAGGACCAAGAGCUGGGCUGCCUCAAAAUCGCUCUCUCCCUUCACUCCAACUAAAGCAACACCACAAGCAGUCAGGAGGUUUCAGGUUUUUCUUGACUUGCACAUUAAAAUUAUUGAAAAUUGGGAAACGAUGACAUCAGAUGACGACGAGAAAAUCAAGAUGGAAAAGACGGUUGGUUCUAUUUUAGUCAUCUUUUAGCUUACUACAUUUCUGCCGCACAGGUUUUUCAGUUUGAUUGGAGAGAAAAAAAAACGAAUCUAAAUAAUAGUACAAGAACUUAAUGCUUCUGUCUCUGUACAGAGACACAAACAUGUUGGUGUUUACUGAAACGUAGAGGUACUUUGUCCGGCAGUGAAGCCUUUCCUUGUUCAUUAAGAUCCAUCAAGCAGCAGUUAUCUCAUUCUUUAUGCACAGAAACUGCUUCACUUUACCUGCUGCAGCCGAGUGAACACGAAACAUUUCCUCUGCUUUGUACGGCUCGGCUUGACUCGACUGGUACCACAUCCUUUUUUUAAAUUUGGUUUUCCACUGCAGCCGUUACCCUCUCAAUGUAGGCACGAUUCUUGAAAGCGUGAAACUGCCAUGACAAACGCAGGAACUCUCGCUGGAUGUACAUAUUUUUAAGUCAUGAUCAACCUACAUUUUCUUCUUUAUUUCAUUUCUUAUAUUUCAGACUGUAUAGUACAUAAUAGUUCAUUUCAAAUUUGAAAGAAAAAAAUAACUAGAAUAAGCUAAAGCUCUGAGGGAUCUGAUCCUUUUACCAGCAGCAUGUCGCUCAUUUAUUAGCAAACGUUAGGGAACAGUUUCUCACUGUGUCUAUUAACAGUGAAUGCUGCUGAUGUGUGUGUCUUUUGCACAGGGAAAUGUUGUAAUUUUAUUUUCACACCAGCAACAUUUAAAACCUUGAUUCAUUCUGUGAAAACGGACAGAGAGCAGUUUCAGAUCAACUCUGUUUUACUGUCAGUCUCAGCAGCUCCCAGUUGUGAGCUUGUUUCUGUUGUCCGCAAAGAGCGAGAACAAAGGGGCAGAACUGCUGACAUUCAGGGAAGUGAAAUAAAGGUACGGGAACCUGCUGGACUCAAAAUUCAUAAUGCCAAUCUAAGCUAACCAAACGGAGCUAAAACUAGAUUUAAACUGAUAGAUGUUGCUAAAAAAUAAAACCUAAAUUAAACAGAAAACAGAAACAGUCGAUAGGUCAGAAAACUAAAAAGAAAGAUUCAUUGCGUGAAAGGGAGGAGAGUUGUUCAGAUGUAGAGAUCUGAAGUUUUUUUUCAGUCUGUGCACAAAUGCAGGCACAAAGAGCAAAAAGGAAUGAAAGACUGGCAGCUCUUCAGAAUUGCAGCACGUUCAAUUAAUGUGUGUACUAAUUAAACAUAUUAAAAAGGUAUUUUCAGUUUUUGGCCAGUAGAGGGACAGCUUAUCAAGCCAAAGCCCAAAUGAAAAAUGAAUCUCAUCACGCAGCCUCGCUGCUGAGCUGCAUUUAGGUCCAUCCUGCUGAUGUCUUUAGAUCACUGAAACAUGUUGUGCUCUCACAUUUUGUUGGAAACAUCUCGACAUCUCGGUUCAUCCACAAUCACACCCAUUGUCUCAGUAUUUCACAUUAUUGGGCCAAUUAUACUAAUAAACCUAACGAAGCUCCAAACAUCAAAGAAACUUUUAAUUUAAAGUCUGACACAGCUGAUGUCAGACUUUAAAUUAAAAGUUUGUUUAUUUUUGAUCAUUUGGUUGUAAAAAAACGAAUAUGGCAUAUGCUAACAGUUCUGUCUGUUUUUGUGUGAUGAAAUGCUCAUUUCAAAAUGUUUUGAAGUAAUAAUGUCCUGCAAACAUUCUCAUGUGCUUUUUUCCUCGGUGUUACUGACACUGAUUUGUUUAAAAAAAUAUUGAUUGACUUUUUUUGACUUUUAAAAACAUGUUUUAGGUUAUUGAGUAGAAGCUAUGCUGGGAAUUAAAUCACACUCAUGUAGUUCUGAUGGUAGCCAAUGUAUGAGAUGUUAUUUUAGAUUUGAUCUUAUUUGAUUUUGUUUAUUUUAGCUUUUUCUUUUUACUAAGUGCCUGAUUAGCUCUUUAGGAGGAAUUACUGUAUUUUAAGAAACUGCAGUGAAACAAACAGGAGAUGAAAAGAAAUCAUAUAGCACACAUAGAUAACUGAUAUGCGACAGCUGAGUAAACUAUGAUUACAGUUUGACUAAAUGUUUAAUUUGUUUUCUACAGCGUUGGUUAAAAUAAUGACAGAUGAUGAGAUCAGUGUCAUGCUUGUGAUUAUGUCCACACAGUGUACAGUUUAAUAAACUUUAAUACAUUUUGUA